AUGCCAACUAUUGCAUACAUUUUCGUAGUGUUAUCGAUUGUCGCAUUUGCUAAUACAGAACUUGUGCGUCCUGGGUAUGGAUUUGUUCGUCCACAAGAACCAUGUGUUGAUAAAUGUUCACCUCAAAAUGAUUCCUGUAAAGGCCGCAAGAAAUGUUGUUAUACGCCUCUUAAGCCAUGCGGAUAUAGUUGUCUCAUUCCCAAAGACAAUGUAGCAAAAAAUGGUACAUGUCCAUUACCAAGUUCUGAACAAAAUCAUCAGUACCCAGAACGAGCAUUACAGCAACCAGACACGGCAGUAUACGGCCGUUUACGGCGCCGUAUACUGCCGUACACGGCGAUUUUACAGCUGUAA